UGUGAAACAAAGCAAUCACUUUACUUCCUCUCACUUUACUUUUUAUCACUAUAUUGUCUCUCCAAAUCGAUGAUCUUCCUUGUGUGCUUUCGUAUAUUUCAUCCAUUACUUCAGCCCAAUUCAACCCAGAAAGAAUUUGCAUUUUGGAGGUUGAAGGAGUUUUUGAACUAAGGUAAUUAAUAACCUCUUAUUUGUUGUCUUAUUUACUUUUUAACAUGUUGGAUCCUAUAUUACUAGUACUUAUACCGUUUCUUGUGAUCAAUCCAAGCUUUUCUACUCAAAAUUGUUCCCUUUAUCAGGAAGGUUGAUACUUCAAAUUUCAUAUUACAUAAAAUGAAAAAGAAAAUAACAACGUCAUAUUGCGGGCCCUUUGGUUUGGUUUUUAGGUCUUGAUUUCCAUUUUUGUGCUUGAGACACGAGGAAAAUAUAUAGGGAAAGUGACGCGAGAGGGGAAGAAAUAAGAAAGAAUAGAUGAAAACAAAAUCUUCAAAAUGAAAAUGAAAUGAUUUUUGUUUCAACUCUCCCGAAAUAUAUCCUCUCUAUCACUAACUGAAACCAAAAACCAAAAAUAACAUGGUUAUCAAACGGUCACAAUUCUAAAAAAGAUUAUUGGAAAUCUUCUGAGAAGGAUUUAUGAUUUUUUUUUUUAAAUUUUUUUUUUUCCAGAGAAUUCAAUAAGAUGGUUAUUUUUUUUCAAUCUUUUAGUAUCAUAUUUGUUAUCUGCUAGAAGAUUUUCAGAUAAAAAUACGGUCUGCCGGUUUUCGAUAAUCUGUUUCCUAUAGCUUAAGCUAUUUUUUCCGCAAGAUUUUAUCUCUUUCCCAGUAGUUGAUUUGUAUUUUGAAGCUUCUUUCGUGUUUGAGGAGGGAAAUAAAUUAACAUCGGCACGGACUACACAGGCUUUAUUUCGGUUGUCAUUAUCCUACAACAAAUAUUUGUGACAAUUGCUUACCGAAUUUGUUCAACAACAGGAUAGCAAGCCGACUUUAUGCUUUCUUUCAAUCAUGGCUGAAAAAAAGGCUGCGUUGAAUGAGGAUCUCGAAAAUGUUAUUACCUUGAAGGCCUUGGUGGACAUGGGAAAUAACAAAGUUAUCUUCGUAGAGUCCGACGGUGAUUUUAUUGAUGUUAUCUUCAGUUUCUUGACAAUGCCCAUGGGAAGAAUUGUCAGGCUUGCCUGUAAAUCUUCAGUACCGGUGGAAAUAGGUUGUAUGAGAAAUUUGUAUCAGAGUACUGUGAAAUUUAAUAAGAAUAAGUUCCGGUCAAUGGAAUGUAUACUUAUGUUGUUACUUCCCUGCAAUGCUGCUGAUUGUCAGUGCAAGAACCUCAAGUUGAAAAUUGACAAUGAUCCGACACAGUACCUUUUGUGCGCUAAUGAUUGCUUCUUAAGUUAUUAUACACGUAUCCGUUGUCCUUCCUGUGGAUGUCUUUUUAGUCGGGGCACAGAUCUUCCAGUGGAUGAUACUCAAGUUGGAGGCGUCUUUGUGAAAGGGCAACCCCGGCUGAUAAUUACCGAUGAUUUACAGGUCAUAUCCCCAGUAAGUGCAUUAAGCAUUUGUUUGUUUUCGAAGCUAGGGGUCACAGAUUCUAAAUUUACGGAGGAGUUGACGUUCAAUAUGGGAGUUCAGGAGGCUUUGAAUUUGCUUAUGCAUUCGUUUGCAUCAAAGACACCGUUGACUGAAAUUCUUCUGAAAAACGAACAAAUACCAAGUUUGGGAGAUGUACAUUCCAGUCAAGGAAUAUCGAUUCAUUCUCAAAUGCAUGGCGACACAAUCGAUGAGGAAGAGAAAAACAUUUCUCUUAAGCUUGUAGUUAGCAAGUCUAAAAAGAUUGUUUGUUAUGCAGAAGCACAAGAGGAUUUUGUUAAUCUACUCUUCAGUUUCUUGACUCUCCCACUUGGGUUCAUAUUAGAAAAGAUGCAGAAUGUUUCAUGGAAGGGCUGUCUCGGUCAGUUGUACAAGAGUGUCGAAGAUUUUGAUGAGCAAUACUUGAAGUCAAAUUUCCACAAGGAAUUGUUGGUUAAUCCAAUGCUUGCACCUGGUUUUCGAUACGAGAAAACUCUGUUAGGAAUCGAGGAGACGUCCUUUUAUUAUGUCGGCAGGAAGUUAACUACUGAUAAGUCCUGUAUUCCUGACAAUACUCCAGCGGAGUCAGUUAAACUUAAUGUUGUGGAUCCCAAAUCUCAUGAAGAUAGAGAUGAAAGUGCUCAGGGAUUUCUGAAAGGACCUGCUACCUUCACAGUGACUGACAAUCUAGUUGUAAGACCGUUAUCUCUAAUCCUUGAAAUGUCUGUUCUUCAAGAAUUGAAGGUACCUUUCACCGACAUCGAGGACCAUAUCGUGCAUGUGGGCAAGAGGGAGGCGUUGCUUCUUUUGGUGGCCUCGUUUGUAGGUGAUUCUGCUCUUACCAAUACCUUCAUUAGAGGGCUUAGGGAGCCAAAGCAAGAACAAUAAGGAAGGAUUGGUCACACAAAGAAGAGCUUGCUUUUGUUGUUACUGCAUAAGAACUCCACAGUAUUCCUAUUUGUGAGAUUAAUUUUUAUUUACAUGGUAACAUUUGGGUUUGAGAUUUUGAGAUCUGGUUGCGAAGGGUGUUUGGACCUGGUUGGCUUUAGUCGGUUUGUUUCUGUCGAAUUUGUAUGGUUUUGUUUGGUAAAAGGCUGCCGAACUAUUAUGAUAAAGAUCAGUUGUAUCUAGGCGAACCUUGUGAUAAUGUUCAGCUCUGUACUAAUAUUGUAUGUAUUGUAGAUCCUACUUUUAUUAGAGAGAUAGUUAGUGUAUCGGGACGUUGACGCUUGUGUACCAAGACUUGUUCUCAGUGUGCUGAAGAAUUUCUCCUAUUGGAGAUGCUGUCAGAGCUUUGAAAAGUCUUCAAGUCAUCGUUGGGGUUUGCAAUUUCUACCCAAACGACUUCCUUUUCAAAAUUCCACAUUUACGAUGGUAAAUGUAUUUAUUUGGUUCA